GGGCGGCGGCGGGCGGCGGCGCGCGCUCUUGGCGCCCGCGUAGGCCUCGAGGUAAGUCUUGAGCGCCCUGGCGGUUUCGCGCGCGCCGUGCCAGUCCGGCCAAUUGCCAAUCGCCGCCUGGCACUGCGACUCGGCGGUGACCCAGUCUUCGCGGUCGAGCGCGUCGUUAAUCUCCUCGAGGGCCUCGACCAUCGCGGAGCGCUCGCGGGCGUCGCUGCGCCAGGAGUUGAUGUCCUCCCGCAUCAUCUGUGCCUCAAAGAAGUCGUCGUCACCAGGGUCCAUAAUGUGGGUGUGGGGGUUACUACGUUGUUCCGGCGCCUCAGCCGCACGCGCUGCGCCAGCGUUUCGGUUAUCGCUGCGAGUUGUAGUUGGACGACUUGUAACUUGACUUGCACAGCUAUGUGGCUCCGCACACAGUCCAAAAAAGCGGCGCCGCACCCG